UGCCUAGGGCGUAUGAAUUUCUCUACUUUCCUGUAUUAUAAGGCAGAGUUUGAGUAAAUAAAUUUAAAUUAUUAGAAAUUAAUAUAAACCAGAGGAAGUAAAAAAAAAUUACUCAGCACCCCCUGAAAAUGUACCUUCUUUAAGUUGAGCAAAUAGAAAAACGCAGUGACAAGUUUGUGCUGUUUUGUACAUCUAUAUUUCUCCAACAUAGCAAGAAAAGACCUUAUUGUAUAAUAAUGCUUAAAGAAGUUGAAAAUUAUAAAAUUAUUUUGCGUGUUCAUUUGGAAAAUAAAGUGCUUAAUCGCUACGAUUUUCCACGCAAAUAGAUGAAACAUGUUACGAACGAUUUUUCAAAAAUUUUCUUAUCUGCUCUUUUCUUGUUCUUUCAUCGUUCUCCCUGCUUUUUUAUUCGACAUCGCCAAUUACUAUUAUCGCUCCUCUGAAUCGUUUCAGCGCCUACCAGGAGGCGCUAUCCGCUCACUUUGUUGUGCUGAAGCACUACUAUAGAUCGUUACGCGCAUACUCUCUCUCUCUCUCUCUUUCUCUCUCUACGUGCAUUGAAAUCUCCACGUGAAUAAUAAUAACGGCCAAUUGAACAUUGAACAGUGAAAUUUCGCAAAAUAACAGCGUACCGAUAACUCUACAAAUUUACAUAUUUUACAGACAUUACAGCGAUCGUUCGUUUUUAUCGAAUUGAAUAUCAAAUAGUGAAAUUUCGCAAAAUAACAAUAACAGCGAACUGGUAAUCUUACAGAUUUACAUAUUAACGUUAUAAAGGUCGUUCGUUUUUUUUUUCUUUUUUUUUUUUCUCGAACUGAAUAUUGAAUAGCGAAAUUUCGUAAAGAGAAGAAGAAUAAUAAUAACAGCGAACUGGUAAUUUUACAAAAUUGCACAUUAACUUUACAACAGUCGUUCGGUUUUUUUUUUCUCUUUCGAAUUGAAUAUCGAAUAGCGAAAUUUCGUAGAGAAAAAAUAAUAAUAAUAAUAACAGCGAACUGGUAAUUUCAUAAAUUUACAUAUUGAUUCUUCGAAUGGCAAAAUUUCGUCUGACAACUUUACAAACUUACAUAUUUUUCCGAAUCGAAUAUCGAAAUUCCGCUAAUAAACAAUAAUACUGAUAACUUUCGACGAAUUUACAGUGUGUUACAAUUUUCGUGUGUAUAUUUAUAGGAGCACGCACGUGUCAUCCGUACAGAAAUCCGUUGUUUGCGAAAAACGAAACCAGAAUUUUCGCGAGAGGAGGGGAUCUCAAUAAUAAGAGAGCAACAAACGUGGGGAGCUUGCGUAAGAAAGCGGGAAAUUUCCAGUCGGUGAUUUGCGUGUCGAGACGUGGACGUGUGUUGCGGAGGACGCGCGUUUGCGUUCCAGAGAAAGUUUUCGUAUCGCGAGCACGCGUGCUCGGUGCUAACGUUAUUAUAAUAAGUGGAAUAAUGAUUCUUUUCUCAUAUUUUAUCUCUCUAGUCAAUAUAGCAAAAAUAGAUAAGUUAAAGUUUAGAUAUAUUUACUUACUAAUUUACGAUAUGUACUUCCAUGAGGACAAAUAUCAUUCUCUUAAUCUCCUUCUCUUCUGUCAUUUGUUCAUUAUCUCUAUAUCUGCGGACUCUAAUUCGUCGAAUGUAUCAAAUAGGUCGCCAAUUUUUCUCCAUCUUGUUUUCAGUUUAUUUAUUCCUUUC